AUGAGGCCGCAGGAUCGAUAGCGCCGCGCGUACGGAAACUUUGUCAGUCGUUCCUCUCGAGCCGCGACCAGCAUGAACCACGCGCCGCGCGUGUUCGUGCGGACGAGCGCGUAGGAAAGCGAAACCUGAGGGAUCCCUGCGAGGUGUGCGGCUUGGUGCUCGCGGUUCACGAACUGUGCGAAGAUGAAGAGGCAGAAUGUUAGGACCCUGGCGCUAGUGGUGUGCACGUUCACGUACCUGCUGGUCGGCGCGGCGCUGUUCGACGUGAUGGAGUCGGACACGGAGAGGAAACGCUGGGAGUUCCUCUCGGAGGUUCGUCGGAACAUGAUGAAGAAGUACAACAUCACGCAAGAGGACUACAGGAUGUUGGAGAUAGUUAUAAUAGAAAACAAGCCGCACAAAGCGGGUCCUCAGUGGAAAUUCGCUGGUGCCUUUUAUUUCGCCACCCUUGUACUCGCUAUGAUAGGGUACGGACACUCGACGCCAGUCACCAUAGGAGGCAAAGCGUUCUGCAUGGGCUACGCCAUGGUGGGCAUUCCUCUGGGUCUGGUGAUGUUUCAGAGUAUCGGUGAACGCUUGAACAAGUUCGCGUCCAUAGUGAUCAAGCGGGCGAAAACCUAUUUGAGGUGCAAGAAAACCGAAGCAACAGAGAUGAAUCUGAUGCUCGCGACGGGUUUGCUCUCCAGCAUCAUUAUCACGACUGGAGCUGCCGUGUUCUCGCGUUACGAGGGAUGGAGCUACUUUGACAGCUUCUACUACUGCUUCGUCACGCUCACCACCAUUGGCUUCGGCGAUUACGUCGCUCUGCAGAACGAUCAUGCACUUUCCAACAAACCUGGAUACGUGGCCUUAAGCUUAGUCUUCAUCCUAUUCGGUCUGGCCGUCGUCGCUGCCAGCAUCAACUUACUCGUACUCCGCUUUAUGACCAUAAACAUCGGCGACGCGCGUCGCGAUGACAACGAGCUCCAGCCAGUGUCUCAUCCCGUGUUGGCAUUGGACGGCGAGGUGGUGAACGGGAAGCUUCUGGCCAGCCACGUGCCCAUAGUCCAUGACUCCGAUGACUGCGUGAGCGUGUGCUCGUGCACCUGCCUCGGUGCCCCGAAUUCCGAGCUUCUGGACCAGGGUUACCGAGGCUACAGGCCCCCUUCGAGCUCGAGCUUCCUCAUGAAACGCGCAUCCGUCUGAUGGAAGGAGUUCCGUCGUCGCAGUUUGCGCCGUCGAUUCUCGGGGGCGGACAACAGGGAGCUGCUCGGCAUCGACGUGUAAAGAGGAUCCACUCGGAACGGAGACAGCAUCGCGCAAUCACGUACCCGUGGAUGAGGAUACGAGGGAUAACU